AUGUCUUCAGUGCAUUCAGAUGAUGACCAAGAGGAGAUUAAUGUAGACUCUGAUAGUAGACUAUCUGGUCAGUGCGACCGAAGCAUCGCUUCCGAAGACAGAGAUUCAGAGCACAGUUAUCAUGACAGAUAUCAUGAUUCUCCCAACGAACACAUGACUGACCCACAACCGAGAGUAAACCUCCCGUUUAGUAUAUCCAGGCUAUUAGGAAAACAAUUUGAAGAUAUAGAGAAACGUCGACAUUCAGGAGAAAGUGACGAUAGAAGUGACCAGGACACUGAAUCAGAAAGUGCUAAAGAUGAUGUUAAGGACAGUACAAAUUUGCCUUUAAAUUUUUCGCACAAUCCUGGACUUUAUCCUAAUUCUGGGUUGCUUUUAAGGCCUGGAUUGGGUUUGGGGGGUGGUUAUGGGUUUUCGAGUAAUCCUGGGGUAGUGAGAGUACCGGCUCAUAGAGCGUUGGGUGCGUUGGGUGCAUGGGGCGUGGCUUUAGACCCUAUGAGACAAGCGGCCGCUGCAGCUUUCGCGCAUCAAGUCGUCAAAGAUAGACUAAAUGCAUCAUUCCCCAUCACGAGGCGGAUCGGGCACCCGUACCAGAACCGGACGCCCCCCAAGAGGAAGAAACCCAGGACUUCCUUCACCAGGCUUCAGAUCGCCGAGCUGGAGAAGCGGUUCCACAAGCAGAAGUAUCUGGCUUCGGCUGAGAGGGCCUCCCUAGCCAAGACCUUGAAGAUGACGGACGCUCAGGUCAAGACCUGGUUCCAGAAUCGCAGGACUAAGUGGAGACGGCAAACAGCUGAAGAAAGGGAGGCUGAACGUCAAGCCGCUAAUCGCUUGAUGUUAUCACUACAAGCUGAAGCGCUUAGCAAAGGGUAUAUCCCAGAACCACCAGGUGCUGCGCCGCUGUCAGCGCUACAUUAUCAAAAUCCAGCGAACGCAUCUGCUGCACCGCCCUCGAACACCGCUUUAAGCGCUUUACAAAAUCUACAGCCAUGGGCUGGAAACCAAAAUGGAUUUCUCAACGGCCCGCCAACGACCGCGCCACCUCCUCACCCCCCACCCGUCGCCUCCCCAAUAUGUUAA